UUCCAACCUGAGACUCUCGAACGUCUACAGCCAUGGUGCGGGCCGAAUUCGUGUCGCUGGGCGUUCCCGAACAUGAAGAUGUUCAUGGAAAUGACUAUGUGCUGCCGGCCAUGCUGGUGAUCUCUGUGAUGUUGCUGCUCUCACGGGCUCUCCAGAUCUCAUUGGCCAGUUGCCGCUACGAUCGAGGCGAGAUUCCUGACACUGACAACAUCUCCAGGGGCGUGCCAUUCUUCUUGGGCGCCUUGGGCAACGUCUUGAUGAAAAUCGCCAGUGCUGGGGCUCACGGUUUGCUGGCCAUCAACUGGGUGCUGGCAGGAGCAGAGCCUGGUGCGCCGUUGGUGGCAUCCUUUGUUCUGGUGGCCAUCAACACUCACAUGCUCUACAGCGUGGCUUUGGUGGUCCACCUGCGUGCGCUGCUGGCGGCCGUGGCCAUCCAACACCACAAACGGGUGCACUUCCAAGGCAUCACCGAUCUGUGGGGCGCUCCUAGUGGUUUGACCUGCCUAGUGCUCAACGGUCUCAGCACCGCGCUGCUGCUGGCAGCGCUCGGGAUGUCCUCCACGCGCCCCGAGCGGAUUUUGACCUGGUUGGCAACCGCUGGCGGAUUUCUCGCUUGGGCCAACAGCAACUUCAAGUCGGUGGGUUUGAUGGACUCGGUGACCUGGAAGGAGAUCGAGUCCGACUUCGAUUCCAAGUGCGUUUUGCCGGUGGCAGAAUUCAUGAGGAGCCUUGGGGUUGCGGUGGAGAAAUCUGGCGACAGCCCGGAUGCGCCUGGACGGCCCUUGUGGCUGCGGAUGGUCUCAUUCCAUUUCAAUGAGGACGACGAGCUCUUGCUGCGGCAUCGCCCGGCGGUGCUGCGCUGCGCGUUUCCGACGUCUCCGCGCUUCCGGGCGGCACAUGCCACAGCCUUGAUGAUGCUGGGACUCUUGAGCAGCGCAGUGCCCGGGCUCCUGGUGGGCUUUUGCUGGUCACGGCUGCCCAAGCUGCGGGACGUGGAACUCGUCGGUGGCACCGUCUUCCCGGAGUUGACCUCCAAACGUCAGGACUAUUACAUCGAAGUGGAAGAUUCUGGAAGCAAUGGAAUUAGCAUGACCUUCAUGAUGGAGUUGGGUGAGGCUUCCAAGUAUCGCUUCUGCUGCGAGGGUGCCGAUUGCUCGGACCUCCAGGCGGACGACAAGUCUGGGCAGCUACGCUUGAAGUCCAUGAUCGCUCCGCAUCAGUUCGGCACCUGCUAUCUGGACCUGAGGGGUCUUCGGAGCAACAGGUACAACUUCACGGUGCUCUCCUUGAGACAUUUGUCGCCUCGUCUCAAUGCCGAAGUGGACACUGGUUUUCAGCCGUUCCAACCCAUCGUCCACUCCUACCACUGCGACCUGGUGAAGCCAGACAAGUUGACUGAGCUCAUUCUGACCUCAGCCGUCGAUUUAGAUCCCACACGGAUGCACGCGGAGAUGGAGGUCUCGAGCUCUGAUGGGAUGGCGACCUUAAGCUCCGAAGGGGAGGACCCAGCUCGCUCUGUGUCACUGCACGCCAACUUGGCGAACUUGACUGGUGCUUUGAACCUCUCGUUACUCAUCCGUUUGCGUCCAGCGGACCACGAGCUGCGCCCGCCCAAACCCGAGCUGCAAAGCUAUCAGAUCUCCGCGAGUGUCGUGACGGUGGCAGAACGUUCGCGGCAGUUGGUGGGUGUCAUCGCUGAAUUGCGUGCACAGAUCGAGGCCAAUCAAGAGACCUCCUCCACGGUGGAGCUGGCGGAGAACCUGAAAAAACUCGACCAGGCCAUUCGUGCACGGGACGCCUUGCUGCGGAGAGCAUAUCUCAAUGAGAAAGCAGAUGCCAGCUUCGUGAACAGCAGUCAACGCUUGACCUUCCUGGCCAUCGGUGUCACGGGCACGGGCAAGUCGGAGUUGUGCAAGUGGCUCACGGGCACCAAGGGAUGUGUGAGCAGCGACAGUAUGGAGAGCAACACCAGUGAUGUGCACGCAGUGCAGGCUCAUGCCUUUGAUGAUAAGCUUUUGCAGCCGAAGAUCGAAUGGAUCGAUACUCCGGGGCGUGGAGAUACUCGCGGCGCAGAGCAUGAUACCAGGCUCUGGAAUCAGACCAUGACCCAGCUUUUAGCGCGUGGUCAAAGUGGGAGCAAGAUCGACUGCAUCGUUUGGGUGGUCAAUGCAGCGUGGCAACGGGCCACCGAAGUCCGGAAUCGAAUGCUGAAGGAGCUGCGGAAGUCUUUUGGGGUCGACUUGUACAAGAACUUGGUGAUCAUGUUGAACUUCCUCCCACACAGCGCCAACAAGACGGCCUAUGAGGAAGUCAAGAGCCGACAGAAGGAGAAGUUCGUGGAUUGGAUUAUGAAGCGAGAGGAUGAGAUGUUUAAUUGGCCCGGCUACCUUCGCAAGGCAGUGGAAGAGGAGGUGCAGAGCAUCCGGGUUUACGGUGCUGACAUCAAUCCCAAAUAUCUUAAAGAUAAGCCAAGUCACGUGCCGGUGUCCGCGCCCUACUUGAGCGACUUCCCUCCCUUUUCACAUCCCGUGGGCAGCGAAGAUUUGAUGAAGUUGAUUCGCGAUACCUGGGAACGCAAGAAGAGCCCCACUUCCGGCUUGCUACUGGACAAUCCACAUCCACGUAUCGGCCCCGGUCUGGUGGAGAACGCCUCCUUGUCGCUCUCCUGUGGCUGGCAAAAGCCCCAAGAAGGUGUCAGACCCUCCUUGCGACAUCAGCUGAUUCAGCAGAAUCUGCUGCAAGUGGAGGUUCAUGGCAGUGCAUUCUCCGCAGAGGAUCGUGCUUUGAUCCUUCCAGCGGAUGGUCAGGAGUGUGGCCAGCCGGAUGCAGAUGAUUGGGACGAGACUUUGGAACAGGUCGUGCCCAGUGUCCCCGACACUCCUGAGAACACCUCCGCGAAGCUGCAGAUGGAAUGGUCGGGAGAGACGCAACAGAAGCUGUGCUUCUGCGAAGCGCCACAAUGCAACGAGAGUUGGCGCUUUGGGCAAGAACAAGUCUUUCCAGAAAAAGACUGUCAGCCGAUUCGAAAGCACUUCGAGGAGGAGACUCGCCUCAAAGUGGACACGCCUGGGUUCGAGAACGUGGACCUGUGUCAUCUCGAUUCGAUGGAUCCGCCGUGGUUUCUGGCCACCGUUGGCGAGAGGAUGUUCGGUAUCCCUUCCUCUGAGACUUGCAAGGGCCAUGUGCUGGAGUUUCGCUCGUCCAAGGGCCAUCAGCUCGUCCCCAAGCGGCAUGAAAUCCCGCUGUCCAAGCAGAAAGAUCGCUGGCGUGGUCCAGGCAGCGUUGUGGGCAGGUACAUCUAUGCGAUUGACAUGGAGGGUCAACGUGUACUUGUGGUGGACGUGAAUGAAGACUCGUUGUCCAUGAACUGGUUCAAGACCUUCAAGGAUGACGCGCCGGAAGCUGGCUCUUACUAUGGCAUCGCUGCCACUGAGACGAGUGUCUAUUUGGUUCCGGGCUCCGCUGAGCAUGUGCGUAUCUACGAUCUGGAGUCCAAAGGGUUCAGGGAUCGAGCUUUGCCGCAAGACUGGGAGAAGCACAGCUCCUGGCACCGCGAUGAGGAGGAUUGUAUCCAGCCGAAGGGAUCUUAUUUUCAACGAGAGAUCUAUGAAAUGGUGUUGGAACGUUGUGGAACCGCAGAAGAGGUCCAAGGAGCUUGCGAUCACUUCUAUAGAGAUCAGGUGCACCGAUCCUUAGCCAACAUGAUGUUCCUGUGUGGAAGCAAGUGCCUUUACGACUUUGAUCACCCCUCUCAUGUUGCCUAUGUUUGGGAUGAAGACGGCAAGUGCUGGGACUACUUAAAAGGUACCAAACCGCUCACAAAGUUUGGGCACCACCGCCGGACCAGCAUCCAAGGUGAAUGCAACUCUGCGGAAGUUAUACAGCAAAUGGUCAAAAGAAAAGAGAAGUUCUGCAAGGAUGAGGAGGUUCCCAACUUGACUCGAAAGAAGCCGAAGCAGAAGCAAGAGAAGCUUCCUGAUGCCUUCGGUUUGACCAAGAGCUUCACGAAGGUGGAGGACGAUGCUCUGGAUGUGCAGAAGGAACCAAAGUUUGCUGCUCCCUGCAUGGCUGAUUCGAAGUUGUUCGCACCACCGUGGGAAAUGUUUGCCUACCUGGUCAUGGAUGAGAAAGAGACGCUGCACUUGGUCGAGACCAAGCGCUUCUUCAACUCGUUUUGGGGUUGGUCGCAGUUCGUCGAGUCCAAUGGCCGGAUCUACGGCGCGCCGUACUUCGCCCGGGGCGUUUUGGUCUCGGUCUCCUUCGCCACGUUGGAGCGACGGCAAACCUGGCCACAUCCACCGAAGGUGAUCCCUGUCGCAGACUUCCAUCAGCCGGAGUUUCUGGACAUCUCUGAGGUCUCGACGCAGCGCGCGCCCUUCACCGGAGUCGCGCUGGGCGCGGACGCAUCGCUGUUCUUCACGCCAGGUUUGGGGGGCGAACCAUUGUUGCUCUCGAAGAAGACGAAGCUCGAGCUUUGGGCUUUGCCCCUGCCGGAGCCACCCGAGGAGAAGCAGAAGAAAUACAAGUUUUCCAAUAAGGGUGGGACAAAGAGCAGCAAUCGUCCGCAGAUGCAGCGCAACACGCGGCCACAAAUGCAACGCAACACGCGGCCGCAAAUGCAGCGCAACACACGGCGGCCGCCGUUCUUGAGGAAUGCUAAGAAGGUUGGAAAGAAGACCACGCAGAGCGCACCAAUGCUACCAGCAGCUCAUGAGCUUGAGCCUGACCGAGACAUUCGCAUCGAGAAGAUCCAGCGGAACAUUGUCGCGCUGGGCGAAAAGCUCUAUUUGAGCCCGGGGAAGAUGGGUUACAUGCUGAGCAUCGACACCUCAGUGGGGAUCAAGACAGAGUGACCGCUCAGUCAGCAAAAGGAAUUGAGGCACAGCUGCGAAGCAUGCCAGGGUCCAUCAACGACUCCAA